AGAACCUAAAUCAAGAUAUCACCUCCUACUCCCAUAUAAUUGAUACUCUCACUGACUCCGCCCAUGGAUUAGCCGUUCGCAGCCCUCGCAGUAAUGUAACCACGGAGUCAAUAGAAAUCUCUAACAAGUAUCAGCUUUUGGUUAAAAUGGCUGCUGCUGAGGUUGAUAAGAAUGGAGGUAUUGUGAAAGACCACCAGGGGUUCAACGAAGCUGUGUCAGGGUUUAACACAUGGAUCAGAGUCUCCAGGGAAAGACUACAAGCAUCUAUAGACACAUACGGUGACAGAGACACCAUCAAAGCUAACUUUGAGCACCUCAAGGAGUUAGAGGCAGAAGUAUCUGAAGGCAGGCAGAAACUUGACCAUGCUUCUGAACAAGCUGAUGCUACUCUCCCUAACACAGCUGACUCAGGGCUGGCACGUAUCAACACUGACAUAAAGGUCAUCACAAGUGACUUUGGU